GUCUCAUGUGUUAUAUAAUGUAGAUAUUCGUGCUCCCGUGCAGGGCGUCGCUCGGUCUUUGGAUCCUGGCCGGCGAACUGAGCAGACGUGUCCUAUCUCUGCAUUUCUAUCUAGAUUUUGUGACUUAGCAAAACCAUGUAGUUAGAAAUAAAAAUCAUAAGUUAGUAAGAAAACGAGUGAAAGGUAAAGUAUGGGGCGCCUCGCAGCGGACACCGGCUGGUACAACUUUAAGAACAGUUUCAUUGUACGACGCGCUGCCAGUUUGCGUCCCUACGAUGCGCAGCUGCGACUUGAACUGGGUGGGGUGAAGACAUCAUCCGAAGAGGACCUAGUUGCAGGCAACCACAUGCAGAUAUUACCAUUAUCGGAGCUCAUUGACUUCCCCCAAGAUGUUAACAAGGGGUGCGGUCUUCUGGCCGAUGGGGUCGACUUCCACCAACAUCCCACGGAAGAUGGUCUGUUUUUGUUUCAAUUUUAUAACGCUGCACUGCUAAACAGAAAAAAAUCGAAUAUCGACGUUUGACUUAACUUUAGAGUCUCAUUAUGCAUUUUAAUUUGAUCGCAAAGUAAAGUACUUUUUUUCUGGAACUUUAUUAAUUUGUCUGUUUGAGUAUACCAGUAUUUUUUUUCAUUUGAAAUAAUGGGGCUGCUUCCUCAGUCUAAUAGUAUGUUCUGGAUUCGCAAAUUGUUUGUAAUAUGGUUGUUAGUUUUUCUCAAAAGAGAACCUCUGUAAUUUAGAUUGUACUCGAUGUUUAUAACCUUUUGAAAAUGUAAUUAAAUUCUUUUUUUGUUCCACAUCAAGUAACAAAUCGAUCAGACUUUUUUUACACAGUCGAAACGUGUUGAAGUUUAGCAUGUCCUAAUGUUCUAGAACAUCACGAACGUCCCCCCGGACAGCAGGGUAUAUUGCGCGGGUAACACAAGUCCUGGGGGUCGGCUUUUAGGAACGAUCAACUUAAGGGAUACGUAUCUUUUUUUUUUUGCAUUACAAGAUUACUUUUCUUUUUUUCUUUAUAGUCAAUUCUAUAUUUUUUUCUCAUUUUUUCAUAGUAACGUUCCAAAACUUACUUUUUGUUUAUUUUCUCACGACUUUUAAGAUUUCUUUGUGUUUUUUUAGCAUAAGUUGAAUACUCUUCAGUAGUUAUAAUUUUAUUUUGUCCUUUAACCGUACAUUACCUUACAAACAUAUAUUUCUCCAAUAGCAGCAGUCGAACCAGAGCAGUCAAACUUAGUAUAAUAGUUAAUAUUAAGACAAAUAGACGUAAGUUUUUUGCUACUACUAUUUUUUUCUAUAUAGUUAGUUAUUAAGUAAUGUUAGUUCUUAAUAUGUUAGGUAGGUAUAAUAGUAGGAAUAAUGGUCUCAGUGUUAUAGGAUUAGCGUUAAUUAUAAUUAGUUGUUAAGGUUUUAUUAGAGUAGCGUAAUAAUUAUCUGUAAUAAAAAUUGGCAAUAGCAGCAGCAUGUAUACCAGGGCUUAAAUACACAUAAUAAUAAUAACA